CAGCCAUCUCGGAUCAUCUCCCUUAAUCAACAAGGCGGUGCAGCUUCAACAUCCAACAUCAGCCUCACCACCCAACGAUUAAUUCCACGAGGUUUGCUCGCAUCGCCACGACACGAAUUAUCACCGGAAGAAUCGGCGCUUUACCGUCCGAAAUCAUGGCGAAACGGAAAUCCGACGCCGAGGCGCCUUUGGCCCGCAAAAAGGCAAAGCUGCAGCAACCCCCCGUUCACGAUGCUAUUCACAUUCACAAUGGCCAGAUUCCCGACAUUCACGCCCUGCAAUCGCCAUACUCGCCGCCGCUGUCGAUGGCCAGUCCCGAACGGCGAGAGAAGCGCAGGCGAACACCCGAAUCUGAUUCUCAGUCCGACGACACUCUCGAGCAACCAGUCGCAAAACGAGCUCGGACAAGCCAAAGUCCCGAAUCACCAGAUGCGAGCUCGGAGCCGUGGCCAAGCAUCGAAUACAAUCCCUGCGAAGAAGAACCAAACUGGAUGGAGCAGCUCUACGUCCGAUCACACAUGGAAGCCAUGCUAUUCCACGAAGAAUACGACAGCGACACAUCCGCCCAUCACCAGGAUGCGCUACCAAGCCCAGAACCGUCCGAUCAGGACCUGACCGAAAGCGAUGAAUGGGAGUUUCCAACCGUCGAUUCUAUCAAAGCGCCGCAGUCUACACCAAAAACUUGCAGGCUACUCUCUCGCCAACGACGCAGACAACAACGCAACGCAACACCACCACCACCACCACCACCACCACCUCUCCAAAGAAAACACCGACAGCCUCCUCCCAAGAUGGACAAGGAUGGAAAAAGAAACAAGAGAAACAAGGAAGCUCUUUCGCCUGCUGUCGAGGCAUUUCUGCAUUCAAAACGAUCAUCCAGACGAGAUACCAACUGCACAUUGUGGCAGCUAGGCGACGAUGGCACGGCAUGCACAGUGUCGAGGGUGAGGUGAUUCACAUCACCGGGGAU